GGGUACUUGUACAUAUCCGGAAAAGAAUAAUGGUGGAUGGCCUCCCUCGUACCCGUAGCCGUAACUAUAAACAAAAUUGAUUUUGAUUUACCCACAAAAAACACCCAAUUUCACUGCUGCUUUGUAUCAGCAUCGCCGAUUGGAAGAGAUGAAGGAGAACAACAGUAAUGAUGGGUUUGUAAGGGCAGAUCAGAUUGAUCUAAAGAGCUUGGAUGAACAGCUUGAGCGCCAUCUCAGCAAAGUAUGGACUAUGGAGAAGAACAAAAAGAAGCAGCCGGACUUUGAAGAUUCCGCCGCCGCUGCCACCACCAACGUCGUCAGACCAUUGCCUACCGCAACUAGUAAGAUAGAGAGACAGGAGUGGGAGAUCGAUCCUUCUAAGCUCAUCAUCAAAACUGUUCUUGCUCGUGGUACAUUUGGCACCGUCCAUCGUGGCAUCUACGACGGCAUGGACGUCGCCGUGAAACUGCUGGAUUGGGGGGAAGAAGGCCACAGAACGGAGGUUGAAAUACAAUCGCUUAGGGCAGCGUUUACGCAAGAAGUGGUGGUGUGGCAUAAGCUUGAUCAUCCUAAUGUCACUAAGUUCAUAGGGGCAACAAUGGGUUCGUCAGAGCUCCAGAUACAAACCGAAAGUGGUCAAAUUGGGAUGCCAAGCAACAUUUGUUGUGUUGUGGUAGAGUAUCUUCCCGGGGGUAAUUUGAAGUCUUACCUCAUAAAGAACCGCAGAAAGAAGCUGGCUUUUAAAGUAGUUGUCCAAAUGGCACUCGAUCUUGCAAGAGGGUUAAGUUACCUGCACUCUCAAAAGAUCGUACAUAGAGACGUGAAGACCGAAAAUAUGUUGUUGGACAAAACCAGAACUGUUAAAAUCGCUGAUUUUGGGGUUGCUCGUGUUGAAGCCUCCAACCCAAAUGACAUGACUGGCGAAACUGGGACCCUUGGCUAUAUGGCCCCCGAGGUCCUGAAUGGCAAUCCGUAUAAUAGGAAAUGCGACGUGUACAGUUUUGGCAUCUGUUUGUGGGAAAUAUAUUGUUGUGAUAUGCCGUACCCGGACCUUAGUUUUUCAGAAGUAACUUCUGCUGUCGUUCGCCAGAAUCUAAGGCCGGAUAUGCCAAGAUGUUGCCCAAGUUCUCUUGCGAACGUAAUGAAGCGAUGCUGGGACGCGAACCCCGACAAGCGACCAGAAAUGGAGGAGGUUGUGAGCAUGUUGGAGGCGAUUGAUACAUCGAAAGGCGGAGGUAUGAUCCCAGGUGAUGAAGCUCAGGGUUGUCUCUGCUUCCGUAAGCACCGCGGGCCGUAAAACUUGGAUUAAUAUUUGAAUGUCCAAAGAUCCGACCCGCUUUUGCAAAGAAGUAAGAAAUAUUUAAUAGAUUCCUGAAACUGGGAAAAUGUUAGAUGCUUGAUGUUUGUAGACUGUGAAGGAUGUAAUUAAAGCUUUAUGUUUUUCAUUUCAUGUGAUUGUAGACACACUUAUAUUUGACCCCACCAAAUCACAACUCAUUUCA